AUGUUCAAAAGAUCGUCUAGUUUAAUCAGACAGUCUAUAAGGGCAAAGUCAUCGAGCUCAACCUCGGCUUUAGCUUACAAGACAUUGCAUCGCAACCAAAAAAGACCACCAUUACCAACAAUAGACACCCCCAACUGGUCAGCAAACGCUGCCGUUUCUUCAAUUCUUUACGAAACACCAGUACCAUCAAAGGCUCCACCAAAACAACAUGUUCUCAACUGUUUGGUUCAAAAUGAGCCCGGGGUAUUGUCAGGCGUUUCUGGUACGUUGGCAGCUAGAGGAUUCAACAUUGAUUCAUUGGUUGUUUGUAAUACUGAAGUUAAGGAUUUAUCUCGUAUGACCAUUGUUUUGAAGGGCCAAGAUGGUGUUGUUGAACAAGCAAGAAGACAAAUUGAAGAUUUAGUUCCAGUUUAUGCUGUAUUGGAUUACACCAAUGCUGAAAUUAUUAAACGUGAGUUGCUUUUAGCUAGGGUAUCGUUAUUGGGACCAGAAUAUUUCCAAGAGUUGAUUGCUACUCAUCAAUUACAUAUUGAUGAUGCAUCAUCAAUUCCUGAUUUGUCGGCCACUGAAUCGGCUUUCCAUCCAUCAAAUUUGGCACCCAGUGAAGCUUUGAGACAAAAACAUAUUCAUUUAGAUCAUAUCUCUACAAUUACUAAACAAUUUGGUGGUAAAAUUGUUGAUAUAAGUGAUCGCAAUGUGGUUGUUGAAUUGAGUGCUAAACCAAGUAGAGUAUCGGCAUUUGUUACCUUGUUGCAUCCAUUUGGAAUUUUGGAAUUGGCAAGAUCAGGUAUGAUUGCAUUACCAAGAACUCCAUUGAAUAGUGCUGAAGAAGAUGAAGUCCCAGUAGAUGCAUCCGAUAUUGUUGAUGCUUCUCAAUUACCUCCAGGUUAA